AUGCAUGGAGUGUGGGAAGCAAAAUUUUGCUUUCUAGAUGUUGGUCACAACAAUCUCUCUGGUAAUAUUCCCACUUCAUUGGGGGUAUUAAGUUCACUGGAAGUAUUAAAGCUCAACAACAACAAUUUUGAGUGGUGUAAAUUCCUGAUUCCUUGCAAAAUUGUUCUGUAUGGGUCUCUUGAGCAAGCCACACUAACACUAAAAGGAGCGGAGCUUGUGUACAACACGACUCUAAGACUUGUAAAGAGCAUUGAUCUUUCAUCAAAUAAUUUACAAGGUGAGAUUCCUGAAGAAAUAAGCAACCUCUUCCUGUUGGGCACCCUGAAUUUGUCCAUGAAUCAAUUGACUGGAAAGAUCCCCUCCAAGAUCGGAAACUUGCAUUUGCUCGAAACUCUUGAUUUGUCACACAACAACCUUUCAGGACAUGUUCCUCAAAGCUUGUCAUCUUUAACCUCUUUGUCCCACUUGAACUUGUCUUAUAACAACUUGACUGGAAGAAUUCCUUCUGGAAGCCAGCUUCAAACGCUCAAUGAUUUGUCCAUUUAUAUGAACAAUCCAUCGCUAUGUGGCGUUCCUCUCUCAACUAAUUGCCCUGGAGAUGACACUUUCCCAGCUAAGGAUGCGAAUGACAAGAAUGAAGAUGGAAAUCAUGAUAAGUUGUGGUUCUAUGUCAGUGUGGUACUUGGCUUCAUCGUAGGUUUUUGGGGCAUUUGCGGCACAUUGAUCUUAAAGACAUCGUGGAGAUAUGCCUAUUUUCAAUUCUUUGACAACAUCAAAGAUAAGGUAGCACUAGCAAUUGCAUUGAAAGUGGCUUGUUUCAAAAGAAUUGUUUUUGGAGUUUGAUAGUACUAUGUGUCUGUGAUGUUUUCCCCUUUCUACGUUGUAUUUUUGGUACUUGCAAUUUAUGUAAUAAAUAAAGGAAUUGUAUCCAUCUUUCAAUAGAUGUUUCCACAAGCAACUUUAUGUAUUAUGAUUUUCUCAUGUGUAAAAACCUGGAAUUAAUAAAAACUAAUGUUUUUUAUUUCUACUAA